GGACGGAGGGAGUACAUAUACGAGGUGUGUAUCUAUCUUUCUUACAUCCCGUCGCUAUCCCCGCAUAAUCACUGUAAGAUGUACUAUAAUACUGCUACAUACUCUAACUGGUGAGAAAGAUAGAGAGAGCUCCCAAAUCACUAUGAUGAAGAUGAGUCGUGAUGAUGACCCACCACCUGUUCGGAAGCCGGUUAAUCGGAAAUCGAGAAAUGGGUUUUCCGGCGCCGGAGUUCGGUUGAGGAGAGAUGGGGCUCCGACGGGGAGACGGAGCCGACCCGAGACGCCGUUGCUGAAGUGGAAGGUUGAUGAUAAGGUUAAAGAUACGGUUAAGGUUCAUGAUUCAGUCGACGGCGACAAAUCGGCGGCUGAUUCUGGCCGGAAAAUGAGGAGAGAUAAGCCGGUGUUGAUCUCGGCGAGAAAGCUCGCUGCUGGCCUUUGGAGAUUGCAGGUGCCCAAGUCUUUGGGUACUGAAGCUGAGGAUGGAGUCAGUAAUCGAGAACUAGGGUUUCAGGCUACAUUGGGACAUAUCGGAGCUGCUGCUUAUCCUAGUCAUUAUAGUAGCAAGCCGUACAGUGCUCAUAUGAAGGAUCUACCCCGGAGUCCUCACUUUGCUCCGAAAAUCGGGUUCCCCCUUAAGGUGGAACAUUCAUUAAUUAAUUCCAAUCCUGCAAUGGAGGGUAUUACAAAGUGGGAUCCUAUGUGCUAUGGGGCAUCAGAUGAGGUUCAACGUAUAUACAGUCAUUCAAAGCCUAUAUACGAACAGGUAGGUGCUGUCUCUACGGUCUCCGUGCUGGAGCUAGAACUUAAGCAGGCUCGUGGACGAAUUCAAGAACUUGAGAGUGAGCGACGAUCAUCAAAGAAGAAAAUUGAACAGUUCCUGAAGAAAUUGAGUGAGGAAAGGGCUGUCUGGCGAAGCAGAGAACAUGAGAAAAUUCGGGCAGUCAUUGAUGAUAUAAAAGAUGAUCUGAACCGGGAGAGGAAGAAUCGUCAGAGGACUGAAAUGGUUAACUCCAAGUUGGUCAAUGAGCUGGCUGAUGUCAAGCUAUCAGCUAAAAGAUAUAUGCAGGAUUUUGAAAAAGAGCGGAAGGCCAGAGGUCUGAUUGAGGAAGUAUGUGAUGAGCUUGCUAAGGAAAUUGGGGAAGACAAGGCUGAAGUGGAAGCACUGAAGAGAGAAUCUUUGAAUUUGCGUGAUGAAUUGGAAGAUGAGAGGAAGAUGUUGCAGAUGGCUGAGGUCUGGCGCGAAGAGCGAGUGCAGAUGAAGUUAGUUGAUGCAAAGGUUACACUUGAAGAGAAGUUUGCACAAAUGAAUAAUCUCAUUGCUGACCUUGAGACUUUAAAAGGCUCGAUCAUUGACAUAGAGGAAAGGAGAAAAGUAGAGCAACUUCGACAGGCUGCAGCCUCUGUGAACAUUAAGGAUAUCAGAGAAUUUACAUAUGAGCCAUCAAAUCCAGAAGAUAUAUAUUCUAUCUUUGAAGAUGCUAACUUUGGUGAACCUAUUGAGAGGGAGAUUGAAGAUUGUGGUAUAUACAGUCCAGCCAGCCAUGGUUCAAAAGCUCAUAGUGUCAGUCCAAAGGCCAGUAAUUUCUACAAAAAAGACGUGACACAGAAAUAUUCAAAUGCUUCUCUCAGUCACAAUGGAGAAUUAGAAGAUGAUGAUAGUGGAUGGGAAACUGUAAGUCAUGUUGAUGACCAGGGCUCAAGUUUUUCACCUGAUGGUAGUGAUCCAUCUGUCAACAAGAUGUACAGGGACAGUAAUGUGUCUGGCAGCGGAACUGAAUGGGAAGACAAUGCAGGUAGGGAGACACCAAUUACCGAGAUCAGCGAAGUCUGUUCUGAGCCAACUGUGCAACAGAAGAAGGUAUCAUCCAUAUCUAGGAUGUGGAAAGCAUUGCCAAACAAUGUUGAAAACUACAAGAUAAUCGCGGUGGAGGGAUUAAAAGGAAGACUUUCACGGGGACGUCUUUCUAAUGGGACUGUAAAUUCACCAGAUCAAGGUUUGGGUAAAGGGGGGAACAGCCCAAAAGAUUUAACUGGACACUGGAGUUCACCUGAGUUGGGGAAUGCCCAUAUAAAUCCUGGGACGAAAGGUUGCAUUGAAUGGCCACGUGGUUCUCAGAAAGACAGUCUAAAAACGAAGCUUCAAGAGGCAAGGAUGGAUACCCAAAAGAUUCAGUUGCGCCAAGUCUUAAAGCAGAAGAUUUAGGUAUGAUAACCUCUCAUAAGCCCAAACCCAGUGUAAACCCAAUGUAAACCCAAUGUAAACUGAACUAAUAAAAACAGACCAAGCCAACUUUCCAUCAGCUGCCCAUGCAAGUUAUUCCUUCCGCCCACAAAGAUUGCUUUCUAGGCUAUUUGGAGAAUCUUUAAAAAGAUAAGUGAUUACUUUCUUGAUUUUUCCAUUUACUGGUUCUUCAUUAAUAGUUGUAGGCACAGUUUCUCAUCACCCACCAGCACCCUAAGAAUAAUGAUCUGAUUUGAGCAGCUGAUUUAUUCUGUAUAAUGUAUAUCAUGAGGAGCUGUAGGUUUGCUUGUUUAGGGUGAUUAGAUACCUAUAUACAAGCAAAACCGAACAUAUGAUGCAUUUUGUAUUUUACCAUAUCUUAUUCGUGGAAGGAUGAAAUUUCUCAAACUGUUCUUGUAACUUGCAACUUUAUCUCUGGGCUAUGUUCACUGAAUGGAAAGGAACAAUGUUUUCUUGGUC